AUGUCGCUACGUACGGAUCCCCGUGUUACCGCCUAUCUAUGUCCACGGUGGUACCCCGUGCUGUUGAGCGUGUCUAUCCCUGUAACACGCCAUGUUCCCAUUCGUGUGCUCCCAACCAUAUCAUUCCUCCAUCCCUGUGCGCCCAUACCCGUGGGCCCAUCCUCCGUGCGCCCAUCCCCCGUGCGCCCAUCCUCCGUGCGCCCAUCCCCCGUGCGCCCAUCCCCGUGCGCCCAUCCCCCGUGCAUGCGCGUUACGUUCCGCCGGCAGGCCAAGGAGGUGCUCGUCUAUCUGCUCUCGUCCGACGUUUUCCUGCAGCAGGUGGCGACCCAGCCUGGCGUGCCAGCUGGCAUCACGGGGACCGAGUUCACUGGCGAGCUCUUCACACCCGUGCCAUGGAGCCCCACGACGCGCUUCGGCAUGCCUCAGGAGUUGGAGAAGUACAAUGAGGACAAGGAGAACUACAUCAUCAUCAACGUGCCGCCCAACUUCAUGUUCAAAGCACAGAUUUUUAAGCCUUCGCGGCUGUGUGCCAUCUUCAAGGUGUUGAGAGACCAAUGA